AUGACUACUUCUCCAGUUCAUCAAAUUGUUCACGAGGCCAAUAAUGUUGUUCCUCGUCCAACUCCUAAAGAGUUUUUCCAAAAACAACCUAAAAGAGGCCAUAUUAGUUCUUUAGAAGAGUAUCAAACUUUAUAUAAGCAAUCGGUUGAAGAUCCAGAAGGAUUCUUCGGCCCAAAAGCUAAAGAAUUGUUACAUUGGGAUAAAGAUUUCCAUAAAGUUAAAGCUGGAUCUUUAAAACAUGGUGAUGCUGCUUGGUUUAUCGGUGGUGAAUUGAAUGCGUCUUACAAUUGUGUUGAUAGAUGGGCUUAUGAAACUCCUAAUAAGCCAGCGGUUAUUUAUGAAGCUGACGAUGAAAAAGAUUCCAAAAUUUUAACUUAUUCUGAAUUGUUGAGAGAAGUUUCAAAAGUAGCUGGUGUUUUGAAAAAUUGGGGGAUUAAAAAAGGUGAUACUGUCGCUAUUUAUUUACCAAUGACUGCUCAAGCUAUUAUUGCAAUGUUGGCUGUUGCUAGAUUAGGUGCUAUUCACUCGGUUAUCUUUGCUGGUUUCUCUUCUGGUUCAAUUAAAGAUCGUGUUAAUGAUGCUAGUUGUAAAGCUUUAAUUACUUGUGAUGAAGGUCGUCGUGGUGGUAAAACUGUUAAUAUCAAGAAAUUAUGCGAUGAUGCUUUACUCAAUUGUCCAAGUGUUGAAAAAGUUUUGGUUUACAAAAGAACUGGUAACCCUGAUAUCGCUCUUAAAAACGGUAGAGAUUACUGGUGGCAUGAAGAAACUGCUAACCAACCUGGUUAUUUACCUCCAGUUCCAGUUAAUUCCGAAGAUCCUCUUUUCUUAUUAUAUACUUCUGGUUCAACUGGUAGUCCAAAAGGGGUUGUUCACUCAACUGGUGGUUAUUUAUUAGGUGCUGCUUUAACUACUAAAUAUAUCUUUGAUAUCCAUAAAGAAGAUGUUUUAUUCACUGCUGGUGAUGUUGGUUGGAUCACUGGUCAUACCUAUGCCUUAUAUGGUCCUUUAUCUCUUGGGGUUCCAACCAUUGUUUUUGAAGGUACUCCUGCUUAUCCUGAUUAUGGUAGAUUAUGGCAAAUUGUUGCAAAACAUAAAGCUACUCAUUUUUACGUUGCUCCAACUGCUUUAAGAUUAUUAAGAAAAGCUGGUGAACAUGAAAUUGAAAAAUAUGAUUUGUCUUCUUUAAGAACUUUAGGAUCGGUUGGUGAACCAAUUUCUCCUGAUAUUUGGGAAUGGUAUAAUGAAAAAGUUGGUAAAGGUCAAUGUCAUAUUUCUGAUACUUAUUGGCAAACUGAAUCUGGUUCUCAUUUUAUUGCUCCAAUUGCUGGUAUUACUCCAAAUAAACCAGGUUCUGCUUCUUUACCAUUUUUCGGUAUUCAAACUUGUUUAAUUGAUCCUGUUAGUGGGGUUGAAAUUAAUGGUAAUGAUGUCGAAGGGGUUUUAGCAAUUAAAGAUUCUUGGCCUUCAAUGGCUAGAUCUGUUUGGAAUAACCAUACCAAAUAUAUGGAUACUUAUUUAAACCCUUACCCUGGUUACUAUUUCACUGGUGAUGGUGCUGCAAGAGAUCAUGAUAGUUAUUAUUGGAUUAGAGGUAGAGUUGAUGAUGUUGUUAAUGUUAGUGGUCAUAGAUUAUCAACCGCUGAAAUUGAAGCUGCUUUAAUUGAACAUCAUGGUGUUUCUGAAGCUGCUGUCGUUGGUAUUAAUGAUGAUUUAACUGGUCAAGCUGUUGUUGCCUAUGUUGCUUUGAAAGAUGAAUACGCCGACAAAAUCAACGGUAAAGAAACCAGUGAAGAAGCUUUUGCUUUAAGAAAAGAAUUAAUUUUACAAGUUAGAAGUGAAAUUGGUCCAUUUGCUGCUCCUAAAUCAGUUAUUAUCGUUGCUGAUUUACCAAAAACUAGAUCUGGUAAAAUUAUGAGAAGAAUCUUAAGAAAAGUUUCCGCUAAUGAAGCUGACCAAUUAGGUGAUAUCACUACUUUAGCUAACCCUCAAUCUGUUGCUGGUAUUAUUGAUUCUUUUGCUAACCAAUUCGGUAAGAAAUAA